UGAGGAAGCACAAAGAACGUCUCGCAUCCACACUAGUCGUGUCUCCCAGGUGGCUGACCAGCGGCAAUGGAUGAGCUUUUCGACGUUUUUGAGGACCAGCCCCAGCCGGCCAAGCCCGCCGGGGGUGCGCCUAAACGGUCCAAGAAAGACAAGAGCAAGAAGCGGCAGGUCAAUGGCGACGUGAAGGACCCCGUCGAUGUCGCAAAGGUGAGGGAGGAGGAAGCUCCCGCGGUUGAUGCGCCUGCCGAGGAGCCUGCGAAGGAGGAGUCCGAGGAGGCUCCGGUCGCCAGUGAUACCAACGAUCAACCGGAUUCGAAGCGGCCGCGACUCGAGAAGGAGAAGGAAGAGGACCCCGUGGUGGCCGAUUCGUUCGAAACCGCCCAAGAGCGCGAGAUCACCGGUUCUACAGGCCUUCAGGCGGCGAACGAUCCCGCGUCAGUCGUCGUGUCUCACCAAGUGCGACACCAGGUUGCGAUUCCUCCGAACUAUCCUUACGUGCCUAUCUCCCAACAUAAACCGCCCGAGAACCCCGCCCGCGUGUGGCCGUUUACUCUCGAUCCCUUCCAGCAAGUCUCGGUGGCAUCGAUCCAGAGAGAGGAGAGUGUGCUGGUGUCGGCUCAUACCAGUGCCGGAAAGACGGUGGUGGCCGAAUAUGCGAUUGCGCAAAGUUUGAAAAACAACCAGAGAGUCAUCUAUACCAGUCCGAUCAAGGCUCUCAGCAAUCAGAAGUAUCGAGAAUUUGCGGCCGAGUUUGGAGACGUUGGUUUGAUGACCGGUGAUGUCACCAUCAACCCUACGGCUACUUGCCUGGUCAUGACCACGGAGAUUCUGCGUUCCAUGUUGUAUCGUGGCUCUGAGAUCAUGCGCGAAGUCGCAUGGGUGGUUUUUGACGAAAUUCAUUACAUGCGCGAUUCGAUACGAGGUGUGGUAUGGGAGGAAACCAUCAUCCUGCUACCCGAUAAGGUUCGAUAUGUCUUCUUGUCCGCGACAAUCCCCAACGCCUUGCAAUUCGCCAAUUGGAUCACGAAAAUGCACAACCAGCCUUGUCACGUUGUGUACACCGAUUUCCGACCGACGCCCCUGCAGCAUUACUUCUUCCCUGCCGGAUCCGAGGGAAUUCAUUUGAUUGUCGACGAGAAGGGCCAGUUCCGGGAAGAAAACUUCCAGAAGGCAAUGAGUGCCAUUGCAGACAAGAAAGGCGACGACCCUGCUGAUGCAUUGGCCAAGCGGAAAGGCAAGGGCAAGGACAAGAAGCUGAACAAGGGUGGCAACGACGGUCCGAGCGACAUCUACAAGAUUGUCAAGAUGAUCAUGCUCAAAAGCUAUAACCCGGUGAUUGUUUUUGCCUUUAGCAAGCGUGAAUGCGAGUCAGGUGCUCUGCAGAUGAGCAAGUUGGCUUUCAAUGACGAUUCUGAAAAGGAGAUGGUUUCCAAGGUUUUCAACAGUGCGAUUGAGAUGUUGUCCGAGGAAGACCGCAACCUGCCUCAGAUCCAAAAUCUUCUGCCACUUCUUCGAAGAGGUAUUGGUGUCCAUCACUCGGGUCUUCUUCCGAUCUUGAAGGAAACCAUCGAGAUCCUUUUCCAGGAGGGACUUAUCAAGGUUCUCUUCGCCACCGAGACGUUCUCGAUCGGUCUGAACAUGCCGGCCAAGACUGUCGUCUUCACAAGCGUGCGGAAAUUCGACGGCUUCAGUCAGCGUUGGGUGACGCCGUCUGAAUUCGUCCAGAUGUCCGGUCGCGCGGGUCGAAGAGGUCUCGAUGACCGUGGUAUUGUGAUCAUGAUGGUGGGCGAAGAAAUGGACCCUGCCGUAGCGAAGGAGAUUGUUCGCGGUGAACAGGACCGAUUGAAUUCGGCGUUCCAUCUGGGUUAUAACAUGGUUCUGAAUCUCAUGCGUGUGGAGGGGAUUUCGCCCGAGUUCAUGCUUGAGAAGUGCUUCCAUCAAUUCCAGAACACGGCGGGUGUCGCCGAGCUUGAGCAAGAACAACGCGAGUUGGAGGUGAAAAAGGCCAAUAUGGAAAUAUCCGAUGAAGGCACCAUUCGCGAUUACUACGAUCUAAGGAAACAACUACGCCAGUUUUCGGACGAUAUCCAGGCGGUCAUGAGCCAUCCCAACCAUUGUCUCUCCUUCCUGCAGCCCGGUCGGUUGGUUCACAUCACAUACAAGGACCAAGACUUCGGCUGGGGAGUGGUCGUUAACUACAAGCAACGUAAACCGGCGAAGGGCUCUUCCGAGGAAUUUGUCGACAAUCAAAAGUACAUUCUCGACGUUCUAUUGAACAUUGCCGACGGGCCAUCGGUGGCCACCAAAACGUUCGAGGACUUGCCCGCCGGGGUCCGACCAGCGACGGAGAACGAGAAGACCCGGAUGGAGGUUGUUCCUGUCACUCUCAGCUGUCUGCGAUCGAUUUCGCACGUACGAAUCUUCUUACCGAAGGACGUCAACUCCAAGGACACGAGGAACAGCGUGAAAAAGGCUCUGGCCGAGGUUCAGAAGCGUUUCCCCGAUGGCAUCGCCGUGCUCGAUCCGAUCGAGAACAUGAACAUCAAGGAUGACGGUUUCAAGAAACUGCUCAGGAAAGUGGAGGUUCUCGAAUCCCGCCUGCUCUCAAAUCCUCUGCAUAAUUCGCCCCGGCUGCCCGAGCUCUACGAGCAAUAUUCCGAGAAGGUCGAAAUCGGUAAUAAGAUCAAGGCCACGAAGAAGAAGAUCUCCGAAGCGAUGGCGAUCCUGCAGCUUGACGAAUUGAAAUGCCGCAAGCGAGUACUUCGUCGGUUUGGAUUUAUCAACGAGGCCGAGGUCGUGCAGCUGAAGGCCCGAGUCGCCUGUGAAAUUAGCACGGGUGACGAGCUGAUGCUCAGCGAGCUCCUGUUCAACGGUUUCUUCAACAAGCUGACCCCGGAGCAAGCGGCGGCCGUUUUGAGUGUCUUUGUGUUUGAGGAGAAGACAAAGGAGACCCCUGCACUGACGCGAGACGAGCUUACGAAACCCCUCAAGGAGAUCCAAACGCAGGCUCGGAUCAUCGCCAAAGUGUCGCAGGAAUCCAAGCUAGCGGUCAACGAGGAGGAGUACGUCCAGAGUUUCCACUGGGAGCUGAUGGAGGUCAUCUACGAAUGGGCGAACGGCAAGUCGUUUGCCGACAUCUGUCUGAUGACGGACGUCUACGAAGGCAGUCUCAUUCGAGUCUUCCGCCGAUUGGAGGAGUGUCUGCGACAAAUGGCACAGGCCGCCAAGGUGAUGGGAAGCGAGGAAUUGGAGAGUACUUUUGAAACGGCAUUGACGAAGGUGCGCAGGGACAUCGUUGCUGCCCAGUCCCUGUAUCUGUAAAUCAACUCGAAUCAAAUCCAGACAAGGGAGAGGCUGUAUGUAUGUACUUAAUGAUUGGAUUGGAUUGAUACUCCGUGGCACCGGGGUCCUUUGUGGUCGCAUUUCCCUGGCGUCGGAGACGAGGAAACCCAAAAGAAGAGAACGACUUCGUGUGAUUUUAAAU